UCCAGACACCAGCCCCAUCCCAGUGAGGCUCCAGCCCCUCCCUGCGUCAGGCACUCGGCCCCUCGCUGACACCCGUUUCCCAGUCUUUGCUGCCCAAGGCGCCCCAUCCAGCUGCUCCCAGCAUGGCAGACACCUGUUUCUCCGGCCCCUGUGCCCCCACGGCCUCGGCCGUCUCGGUCUGCUCCAGUGACGUGAGCUGCGGCAGCAACCGAGUCUGCUUGCCCAGUUCUUGCACCGGCUCUUCCUGGCAGCUGGACGACUGCCCAGAGAGCUGUUGUGAACCCAGCUGCUGCGGCCCCCCCUGCUGCCCAGCCCCAUGCUGCCCAGCCCCGUGCUGCACGCCGGCCUCCUGCCUGACCCUCGUGUGCCGGCCUGUCUGCUGCGUGCCCGCCACCUGCCAGGCAGCGUGUGAACCCGGCCCCUGCCAGGCUGUCUGCACCUCCUGCUGCUCGCCAUCCUGCUGCCAGCAGUCUUGCUGCCAGCCCACUGGCUGCGGGUCUUCUUGUUGCCAGCAGUCCUGCUGCCAAGCCCCUUGCUGCGCUGCCUCUCCCUGCACGGUGCAGUCCUGCUGCUGCGUCCCCGUGUGCUGCAAGCCCAGCUGCUGCAUCGCCCUGCCUGUGUGCUGCAAGCCCAGCUGCUGUGUGACCACAGCAUGUUGCCCCGCCUCCUGCUGCUGCCAGCCCAGCUGCUGCCGCCCGGCCUCCUGCGUGUCCCUCGUCUGCCGGCCCGUGUGCAGCCCGGCCUCCUGCUGUGUGCCCGUCUCCUGCAAACCCUCUUGCUGCGCCCCCACGUCCUCCUGCUCUUGCUGCUGCGCCCCCUCCUGCUGUCCCGCCAGCACCUGCUGCCGCCCGGCCUCCUGCGUGUCCCUCGUCUGCCGGCCCACCUGCUGCAAACCCGCCUGCUGCGCUCCCAGCUGCGGCCAGAAAUCUUGCUGCUGACCACAGGCUGCUGCUCUCUGUCCCCCCGCCUGACGCCCCCUGUCUGUCCCCCGCCCCGGGCA